AAAUGACAACUGACAGUCCGCAAUAUAAGAGCGCAAUGGGUGGUCGUAUAAAUUUUGAAUUUUAUAUUUAGUGCUUAUAUAUUUUAAUUUGUGCGUAAACUAAAUAUUAACAAUGAGACACAAGUAGAAAAAUAAAAGUGGAGUUUUAAUAGUCUGUGAUACGAGUACGCGACUCGGUCUUGCGCUUUCUAAUUUUCCAUUCUUUAUUUGAAAUCGCGAAGUGUUGAACGAGAAAAUUUUGAAUUAAAAUUAGAUUUUUAACAUAAAAUUGUAUUAAAAAUCGCAAUGGAUAUGUCAGAAGAUAGGAAUAACGCAAUGGAAGCGAGGAAAGAACCAUUCUGGGUGUUUGGUUAUGGUUCCUUAUGCUGGAACCCAGGGUUUCAGUACCAGCAAUCAAUCACCGGCUACGUGAAAGGAUUCUCAAGAAGAUUUUGGCAAGGCAACACUACUCACCGAGGGACCGAAUCGAAGCCUGGCCGAGUCGCGACGCUCAUCGAGGAUAAGGAAGGCAUCACCUGGGGCAAAGCAUUCCUGAUAUCAGCGGACGACAACGCAGCCCUACCAUACCUUUCCACCAGGGAAUGCAAGCUCGGUGGUUAUAGAACUCACACAGUCAACUUCCACCCUCGCCCCAACCUAUUCGGUUCAUCAUCUUCCUCGCUUAGUAUCACAGAAAAGAAGAACGCUCUUCUAUACAUCGCGGUGCCCGAAAACAAGCAUUGGUUAGGCGCAGCUCCCUUACCUGAUAUAGCUAAACAAAUUCUAGAAUGCCAUGGGCAAUCCGGUCCAAAUGCAGAAUACCUUUUAAGGCUAGCAGACUUUAUGAGGGAAGAAAUCCCUGAGGCGUUGGACGAACACCUAUUUUCUUUAGAAAGGUUGGUCAGAAAAUUCGCUUCUGACAUGAAGAUCUGUUUGAGAACGCUGAUGGGUGAGGAACCUCAGGAGGAGAAGCAAGAAGUCAAAGCUGUGGUGCCCAGCUACCAAUUCGCGUCCAGAAUUCCAGAGAAGAAAUUACGUUGUGUCAAUAUGUGAUAUAAGAGUCAAGUUAGAUCGCCAUGGACAAUUCGGAUAGUGAUUGUAACUUUGUUAGCCAGUGUCGUUGAUGAAAUGUUGACUGAGGUAAAUAGUUACGGUUUGACCAUUAUUUUGUAAUGUAUUGAAAAUGUUUUAAUACAAUUUGACGUAAUUUCGUAAUAAAAUCGGCCUAGCUGCGCUUUGUAUGAUAAAUACUCUUAAGAGAAAUUUUGCUAUGAAUAUUUUAUAAGAGCUGCGAGAUAUUAGUUUAUAAUGCUUGACUUUUUAACGCUUUUGACAUAGAUUGUCAUCACUUUGUCUUGAUCGGGUACUAGAUAGUAAUGAAAUUGACAUUUUUACAUGUGAUAAAUGAAUUGUUUUUGUAAAACAGAUAUAAAAAGUUUAUUUAGUUACAUUAAUGGUUGAAAACCAUUUAAAACAUUUCGUUUUUACUUCAAAAUCUAAUUGACAUUUAAUUAAUAAAAUAUGACUAUGCAAUAUAAUUUCAUUUUUUAAUAAUGUUUCAUUAAAUAAUGUUAAAAACUUUAAAAGAUUUAUUUUUACAACGCUAACAGUGUUGCUUUAUCUCAAAACGUAAGUUUUGAAAUCAAUUUGACAGAUUAAAAAUACCUAUUUAAGUGUAAAUUAUUUAUCAUUUGUAAAACGACACCAUUUUUGUAAAGCUGGACUUUACUCAAUAAAAUACUAUAAUAGCGAUGAGAAAUAAAAUACAUGUGUUGACUAAAUCGAAUAAAUAAUUAAAAUCGAAUCUAAAUGUUAAUUAUUUUGACUACAAACUUCUGUUCAAUUAUUUUGAAAGCAAUUUAUAAGUUGCUUGUACAAAACUAUAAUUAUAAUGUAAUGUAUAUUUGCUUACUAUAAUCUUUUAAAUAAUAAAACGCACGUAAAUAUAUAUAACAUGUUGAUAUAAAUGGCAUAAUUUAUUUCAUUGUUAAUAUUAUUUUUUAUUACUUAAAUUAAAAUUGGCAACAUGUAAUUUUUUUUCUUUCAUUUUAUGUUUUAUUUUAUAUUAAUUAAUUAAUUAAUUACAAAAUUGUUUAAACUAUUUAUCUUUAAUUAUUUAAGCUAGUAACAUUUCAUAAACAACGCACAAACAAAAAACAAAACCAAAUAAUUAUGUAAUAAAUAAGUAUUAUCUACGAAUCUAGAAUUUAAUUUAAGUUUAUUUUUGUGAUUAAAAUUAUUAUUUCAAAAAAUAUUUGUGUUUUUAUUUGUAUAAAAUAAGUGUCUAUGAUUAUGUUUCGCUGUAUUGUUGAUUUAUUUAAAUGUGAAUACAAAAUAUUAUGUUUUAUUUUUAAAUGUAUAAAGUAUAAUGUUUUAUUUUUAAAUGUAUAAAAUCGCUAGAUUCGUAAAGACUUGUGAUAGCAGAAGAAAGAAAGAAAGUAGAAAUAAUUAUAUUAAAGUGUAAUUCAAACAAAAAUUGUGUACGUUUAAAUUAGCAUAAUUUUUGUAUGACUUUGUAUGUUAACUUAAGGCGAUGCCAUAAUGUACUGACAAAAAUAUAAAAUGUAUGAAUAUA